AUGUCUUCAGAUACGUCUAUAGUCAUUGGCUGCUUGUUGGAAACUUCGAUUAACGAUCUUGCUAAAGACAAGCCAACGUUUUUCAAGGCCAGGCUUCACUUUAAACUUUCAUCGAUCAUUAAAAGCUACUCGAAAUUCCUCAAAAUCAAUCAGAAGUUUUUAACUUUUUAUCACAAUGGCAAAGAACUCAAUAAAAACAAAACAAUGUCUUUUUACAACUUUCAAAACAAUACUACUCUUCAUGUGAAGCUAUUGGAUUCAUUGACUAGCAUCAAGUUUAUUAUUAAUACCAAUGAGAUUGAUACCAUAAAUAGUACUCAAUUGAUACGGGAAUUUUCUUUUUACAAUAAUUCAUUGACUAAAUUUAGUGAUAUAAUUCACGAUUUUAUGAGUGAUAUAUCUUUUCAAAAAGUUUAUCAGCUAAACUCUUCUGCUUAUCAAUUUUCUCACAAAUCCAAAGAUAUUUUUCAAGUUAUUGAACGUAAUCAAUAUGACAGUUCUCUAAGGGCUUUUGGUUUAAAUGAGAAUCCAACAAUAUAUAUUAAAACAGAAAAGAAUUUGAUCUUACAAUUAUUAGCUUCAUUAAAUAAAAUACCCUUGUCUAAACUUUAUAAAACAUUAGAUAUUCCAUUUGAUCCACAUAAUCUAAGCCAGAAAAAAAACACUAAUAAUAACAGUAAUGAUAAUAACAAUAAAAAUCACAAUAAGGAAAAUACUGAGCUUAUAAAUCAAAAAAAUAAAGAAAUUGAAAAAUUAUCUAAAGAAAGGGAUAAAUUAAAUUUAAAAGUUGACGAUUUAAAUUUAAAAUUAUCACUCGACGAAAAAACUGUUUCUCAAAAUAUUGAAAUUGCUGAAAAUUUUGAAAAUUUUAAAUCUCUUUUGGAUUCUCAAAUUGAUGAACAUAAUUUAAAUAUUGAUGAGAAAUAUGUUUCUGCUUUAAACUAUUUUAAUCCAGGUGAUAGCGCAAAGCUGGAUUUGUUAACUUUAAGAAAAUUAAAGUCGAUAUUAUUUUAUUACCAAAAUAUUUUAAAAACUAAGUCAACUGAAAUAGAAAGGCUUUCAACAGAUGUUGAAUUUUACAACAAAAAGCUUGAAUUUAAAGAAAAAAAAGUAACCAGUUUGAAUGAAAGUUUGAAAAAAUUAGAAAAAAUUAAACAAGAGUCAAUAAAAAAUGAUUUGUCAGUGAAAGACUAUCAGAAAUUUUUAAUCUUAUUGACUGAAAUGAUUGAUAAAACUUUGAAAUCAAUUAAAUCAAGCCCAAAACUUUUAUUAAUUUUUAAUGAAUAUGAUUUUAAUUCAAUUUUAAGUGAAAACACCUCCAAACUAUCAUUGCAAACACGUAAAAAUACUCAAAAAAUUAAAUCAAACGAUGAACAAUUAGAAGUUUGUUUUACAAAUUUAUUUAUAAUUUUAGAUUUUUAUGAUAAAAUUGUAUCUGACUCCACAAAUAAGUUGAUAAUUUCUAAUGAAGCAAAUAUUCAACUUGAAAAUCGAUUAAAGACAUCUAUAUCAGAAAAUAAUAAAUUGCAAACUGAGAUUCAAACACUUACAAAUUUUAAAAAACACAGUACAGAACAACAAGAAAAACAAAAAAAUGAAUUGGAAGAAUUAAAAUCAAAAUUAAAAAAUUUAAGUGCUAAAAAUAUUGAACUUGGUAAAGAAAACAAUAAUCGAAAAACCGAACUUUUAAAUUUACAAAAUGUCAGUUCAAUUAAAGAUAGCUUAUUGAAUAAUGUUUUGACAAAAUUUGAUACUAAAAUUCCUGAUGAUAAAUCUUUAAUGGAUAAAAGUUUAUUUCAAAAAAUAGAAAAAGAGAUUUUUGAGAAAAUUAAUUUGCAAUUCGAGAAAGUUGUUGACAGAUACAGUUCCAAACUCUCUUUGUUAGAAAAAGAAAAUACAAGCUCAAAGGAUAAGUAUGAUAAACUUAGUAAAGAGUAUGAUUCUAAUCUUGAAUUAUAUGAACAGAUAAUGAAACAGAACGAGUCUUUAAAUGAAAAGAUUAAUAUUUUAGAAAAAGAAAAAAUUGAAAGAGAACGUUUAUCUUCAUCAAAUAUAGUUGAAGAUAAUAAACAAGAUAUGGAGAGACUAAAAGAGUUGUCUGAAUGGUUUCAUAAAGGUGGAAUUUUGUUUGAUGAAUUAAAUCAUAAUGAUACUUCCACACAGCAAUUAUCAAUACCUAUAAAGAACUCUACAAGUGAACCAUUAGAAGAACCAAAAUCCAAAAGACAGAAAAUUGGUAAUGGCUUGAAUAAUAGUGGUAAUUUGUUGGAUACUAAUAGUACCAUGAUUGAAGGCAAUCCAACAAAUCCUUAUCUUAAUAUAACAGUUAAAUUUGUUUCAAGAAAUGAUCAAGCAGAAAUUCCAACGUCCACAUUUAAGAUUAGAUAUAAAACCAAAUUAGUUAAAUUAAUGAAAGCUUUUAAGACACGUAUAGAAAAAUCUGUAGAUUAUAAAGCAGCUAAUAUAAGCGUGAAGAAUUUGAAGUUUGAAAUUAAUAAUGUUAGAAACUUAGAUUAUAAUUUAUCAAUUGAUUCUUUUGGAUUAAAGGACGGGUGUGAAAUAUUAUCAAUGGAUUCAUAA